AUGCCGUCCGACCGCCACCACCACCGCCGCCGGCACGCCACGCCCUCGCGCUCGCGUUCCCGCUCCCCACACAACCAUGGCGACCACCGUCGCUCCUCCCACCGCACCCGCUCGCGCUCGCCUACGUCGCGCCGCACCCACCAUCACCACGGCCGUCACCGACACCACGCCAGCGACAAGUCCAAGAAACAGACGGAGAAGAAACCACCCCAACCACUCCCGCUCUCCGCCCAACCCUUGUCCCGGCACGCCGAUUACCGCCGAUACAAACCCAUGUUCGCCCUGUACUUGGACAUCCAGAAGCAGCUGGUGCUUGAGGAAUUGGACGAGGAGGAGGUGAGGGGGCGGUGGAAGAGUUUUGUGGGGAAAUGGAACCGUGGAGAACUGGCAGAGGGCUGGUACGACCCAGUCACGCUGGAGAAAGCGAUAGCCUCCUCCGCCGAGCACGACGUCGACGACAACGACCACACGAACGACGGCGGCGCCCGCGCGAGAGAGCCGUCGAGGCAGAAGCGCCCGUCGCCCGACUACAGCGGGCACCGCAAUGCCAGCACACCGCCGGCGUCGUCUUCCAAGCAGCCGCAGCGCGGCGAAGCAGACGAAAGCCAGGACGAGCAAGGCGACGCCUCCGACACCAGCUCCGACGACGACUUCGGUCCCGCCGCCCUCCCCGCCGGCGCCAUUACAAGCAGCGCCUCGACAAUGACGACGCGCAAGUCCGGCCCCGCGAUCCCACGCCUAGAGGACCUCGAAUACCGCGACGACCUCCUCGCCACCGACGCCACCGCGACCGCGACGCGCCUCCGCGCCGCCCGCCACGCCGACGCCGCCCUCCACCGCGCGCGCCUGGCCGAGCUCGCCCCGCCGCGCGCCGACCCGGGCACGCGCGAGCGGCGCCUCGAGAAGCGCGCCGACAAGACGUCGACGCUGCACUCGUUCCGCGAGGCCAAGGAGGGCGGCGCCAUGGAGGACGUCGGCGAGAGCGACCUCAUGGGCGGCGGGGGGGACGGCGGCGAAGGCGGCGUCGAGGAGUACAGGCAGCGGCGCAAGGAGAUGGAGAGGCGGAAGACGGACAGGGAGGUUAGGCGGGAGGAGGUGUUGCGGGCGAGGGCGGCGGAGAGGGAGGAGAAGUUUGCGGAGCAUAGGGCCAAGGAGGAGAGGACUAUGGAUAUGUUGAGGGGGUUGGCGAAGGCGAGGUUUGGUGGCGGGGGCGGUGGAGAGGAGGGGGGAGGGGAGUGGUAG